UUAGGAAUUACUCCUUGAUGGAAGAGAAUUGCAGUAACGUAAGGAGACCUCCAGGAGCUUAUGAGGAAAUUGUGGAAUCACAGGAACUACAAGGCGCACGAAAUCCUCCAAGCUGUUGUAAUGUGGAGUAAAAAGAGGUUUCAAUUCACUUGACAAGGAGAUCCGAGAGAUGUUUUUUCUUGAUUCCUGAACGCUCUUCAU